UAUGUCACAAAUUUAUCGUUUUGUCACAUUAUUGUAGGUGGAAAUGAGCCUCGUCUUGUUGAAGCUGCAAAUAAACAACUCAACACAUUGCCAUUUUACCAUUCAUUUUGGAAUCGUACCACAAAACCUUCUUUGGAUCUUGAAAAGGAGCUGCUAGAGAUGUUUACUGCAAAUAAAAUGGAGAAAGUAUUUUGCACAAAUAGUGGAUCAGAAGCCAAUGAUACUCAGGUGAAGCUGGUAUGGUAUUACAAUAAUGCCCUUGGAAGGCCAAAGAAAAAGAAAUUUAUUUCUAGGACAACAUCUUACUAUGGAGGCACUUGCAUUUCUGCCAGUCUCUCUGGUAUUCCUGCUCUGCAUCAGAAAUUUGAUCUUCCAGCUCCAUUUGUUCUUUACACUGACUGUCCUCAUUAUUGGCGUUAUCACUUGCCAGGUGAAACGGAAGAAGAAUUCUCGACAAGGUUGGCGAAUAAUUUGGAAAAUCUUAUACUCAAGGAGGUGCCUGAAACAAUUGCUGCUUUCAUUGCCGAACCAGUAAUUGGGGCAGGAGGUGUCAUACUUCCAACAACUUAUUUUGAAAAGGAAAAUUAUUAUUCUUUGUUAGUCCAAUCUAUUUUAAAGAAGUAUGACAUUCUUUUUAUCGCGGAUGAGGUGAUAUGUGGAUUUGGAAGACUUGGGACAAUGUUUGGAUGUGAUAAGUACAACAUUAAACCUGAUCUUGUCUCUUUAGCAAAGGCACUUUCUUCCGGAUAUAUGCCAAUUGGUGUUGUGCUUGUAAGCCCUGAAAUUUCUAAUGUCAUACUUUCUGAAAGCAAUAAAAUUGGAGCUUUUUUCCAUGGAUUUACUUAUUCUGGACAUCCUGUCUCUUGUGCAGUUGCCUUAGAAACACUCAAGAUCUACAAGGAAAGAAAUAUUAUUGAGCAAGUAAACAAAAUAUCACCAAAAUUCCAAGAAGGUUUGAAAGCAUUUUCUGAUAGUCCCAUAAUUGGAGAGAUAAGGGGAACUGGUUUGAUACAUUGUACAGAGUUUACAGACAACAAAUCUCCUAAUGACCCCUUCCUUCCUGAGUGGGGUAUUGGUGCAUAUUUCAAAGCACAAUGUGAGAAAAAUGGGAUGUGGCUAAUUGUGAUAAUAUAAUGAUGUCUCCUCCAGAUAUUUUGAGCCACCA